AUGGCAGCCUGUCUAGCUAAAGUAAAAAGUAGGCUGUCAAAAUUUGAGUUCUAUUCCAUCGAGCAAGUCCCUCAUGAGCAUAACACCAAUACAGACCCUCUAACCCGACUCACCAUAAACAAAGAAGCGAACACAUUGAAUGUGGUCUCAGUGGAGUUCUUAAACAAGCCAAGCAUAGAAGAAGAGGUUUGUAGGCGUGAUGGUGGUGGUGGUGAGGCUCUUAAUCUAAAACUGAUUGAUGCUGCAAUUAUUAUUGGCGAUUCAAUUUAUAACCUUACGAGGUUAGGAGAAGUUGAAACUGAUAAGAAUGAUCAUCCAUUGGAUCCACCCCCAAAGAUAUUAUCAGUUGAGGAACUUUCAACAAGUGACACCGACAAAAAAGAUACGAAGAAAAAAGGUGUUAAAAAGUUGAAUUUACUUUCAUUUGGAGAAGAAGUUGAAGAAGAGGAGAAGGAAUUAGCAGCUGUAAAGAAAAAAAUCAAGAGCAGUCAUGAUGUAAUCGAUGAUCAUCGUCUUCUGAAGGAUGCUAUUCCAAAUGAUGAAUUGGUAAGACUGGAAGAAGUACUAGAAAAAACUCUGCUUAUGGUUCAAAAUUCUCAAAAGAAUUACCUCUACAAGUGUGAUCAGUUGAAGUCCAUUCGUCAAGAUUUAAUUGUGCAAAGAAUUCAAAAUCAACUAACAGUAAAGGCUUGUUUCAAGACCUCUCUUUCUUUCUCUCAUGUUUAUGAAACUCAUGCUCGGUUAGCAUUGGAGUGCCAAUCUCAGCUGCAAUCCCUUUAUGCUAAAGGAAUUGAGGGAUGCCACAUGGAGUUUGCUGCAUACAACUUACUAUGUGUUAUCCUGCACUAUAGUAACAACCGAGAUCUUGUAUCAUCUAUGUCGAGAUUAUCAAGUGAAGCUAAAAGAGAUAAUGCAGUAAGACACGCUCUUGCACUUCGGGCAGCUGUCACUCCUGGAAACUAUGUUAUGUUCUUCAGGCUCUUCAAAACAGCACCAAAUUUGAACACUUGCCUGAUGGUAUGUAAAAUUUCUGAUGAUCUAUAUGUUGAAAAGAUGCGGUUUAAGGCAGUGAGUUGCAUAUCUCGAUCUUAUCGGCCUACGUUACCUGUUUCGUAUAUCGCUCAGGUUCUGGGCUUCCCUAGUGUUGCUUCUGACAAUGCUGAAAAAGAUUCAGAUGGAUUAGAGGAAUGUAUUGAGUGGUUGAAAGCACAUGGUGCAUGUCUUAUUGCAGAUAACAAUAGAGAGAUGCAGCUUGAUGCCAAGCAUUAA